AUGAAGAGUCUGAGUGAGUCCACUCUUUAUGUUAAGCGUGCUAAUAAAAAUAUUGUGAUUGUCUCACUUUAUGUAGAUGAUCUCUUAGUGACAGGAAGCAAUGCAACACUUAUUGAGCAAUUCAAGAAAGAAAUGACAAGGGUGUUUGAGAUGAUAGACUUGAGAGCUAUGGCAUUCUUUCUUGGCAUGGAGAUCAAACAAAAUCAGCAAGGCAUUUUCAUAUGCCAAAUGAAGUAUGCUAAGGAGAUCUUAAAGAAAUUCCAAAUGGAGGAGUGCAAGCCAAUGAGCACUCUUAUGGGUCAAAAGGAGAAGUUUUGCAAGGAAGAUGGAACUGAGAAAGUGGAGGAGACUAACUACAGAAGUCUUAUUGGCUGCUUGAUGUAUCUCACAAUAAUAAGACCUGACAUACUACAUGCUAUGAUUAUUCUGUCCAGAUUCUUACAUUGUGCUAGUGAAUUGUAUCUUAAAGUUGCUAAACGUGUGCUUAGAUAUGUCAAAGGAACACUUGAUCAUGGAAUUUUAUUUCAACAAAGCCAGGAUUUUCAGUUUCUUGGUUUCUCGGAUAGUGACUAG